AUGGAAUCUCGUGAACGUUGUGUCUAUCAAGCAAAGUUGGCUGAACAAGCUGAACGCUACGAUGAAAUGGUCGAGUACAUGAAACAAGUUGCUGCCAUGGGUCAAAAUCUCUCUGUGGAAGAGCGCAAUCUGUUGAGUGUUGCAUACAAGAACACGAUUGGCGGCCGUCGUGCUUCGUGGCGCGUGGUGUCAUCGAUUGAGAGCAAAGAAAAAUCCAAGGGCAACGAGGAACAUGUCCAAACGAUCCAAGAAUACAGAACAAAGAUCGAAGGCGAGCUACGCAAGAUCUGUGAUGAUAUCCUUUCUGUAUUGGAUGAGCAUCUCAUCAAGACUGCAACAGGCGGUGAAGAACGUGUCUUUUAUCUCAAGAUGAAGGGCGACUACUUGCGUUAUUUGGCCGAAUUUGUUCAAGAUGAUGAGCGUAACCAGGCUGCCGACAAGUCCGGUGAUGCUUACGAUGAAGCUUACAAGGUUGCCAUGGCCGAGUUACCAUCCACUCACCCUAUUCGUUUGGGUCUUGCUCUCAACUAUUCCGUCUUCCAUUAUGAGAUCAAGAACGCUCCCAGCAAGGCCUGUGAUCUUGCCAAGCAAGCAUUUGAUGACGCGAUCGCUGAACUUGAUCAACUCAGUGAGGAAAGCUACAAGGAUUCCACCCUCAUUAUGCAGCUCUUGCGUGACAAUCUUACCUUGUGGAAUGCGGAUAAGGAAGAAGAGUCUAAGCAAGAGACCAACAACAACGCUGAACAACCUGCUGCCCCAUCUUCAUAA